AUAUAUCGAUAAGAUAAUAAAAUUAAUGGAAUAUAAUUUUCUGCAUUUGUGGAUAAUCAUCCAUCACAUGUCUUGAGGCGUGUGAUUCUAGAACGCAUCCGGCAUCAAGGAUGAUACCGCACAACAUGACGGACUACUUCGACAGGAUGAUUCUCCCUCUACACCUGCAGGAGUUCAACGUCUCCUCCUUUGAGGACGCUUCCAGCGACAUACUAAACAUGGGCCACGUCCGUCCGGUCAGCCAAAUGGACAACGCCACCCAGCUCUUCCUGGCAAACGGUACCAGAACCAGAGCGCCGAAAUAUUUCAACCCAUCUGAGAGGAUGGUGUCGAUGACGCUGCCGAUGGUGAUGAAGCUGAGCUACUAUACCUGCCCUGCCAUCAUGGCCAUAGGUGUCCUGUCGAACGUCUUGUCCUACCUGGUGUUCACACGGACACGGUUACGUAAGAUUCCGUCGGUGCCGUAUCUAGCAGCCAUGUCUGUCGUGGACAGUGGGGCCUUGGUGACCGAGUUCAUUCAGAUGGGAUUAGUGCAACACGGGCUGAACCUCAUCACGUGGUCAGGAGUGUGUCAGUACGUGACCUACUUCAACUUUGUCUUCAUCUUCCUGUGUAUCUGGUACCCCGUGGCGUUGUGUGUAGAGAAGCUCAUCAGCGUCUACUGCCCGCUCAAGAAAGCUGCACUCUGCACACCCUUCAGGGCCAAGGUCGUGGUCAUUGGCAUGGCGGUGAUGACGGGGACCUGCUACUACUACGUCAUCUACAUGACGGGGCCCCUGCAGCUGGGGUCUAUGAUGUUCUGUCGCGAGUGGAAGGAGUUCCGCUUCGACUACGGCGUCCUGAUGACGCUUGACUCCAUCUUCGUCAGCAUCCUGCCCAGCUUCAUCCUCGUCCUCCUCGUCGUUCUCAUCUGCUUUCGGGGCUGCGAGUACUACCGGAUAUCGUCCGCAGCGGAAGUCUCCAAUCGGAACGGGUCUGCGCGGAGUUACUCUAUCCGCGCGCCGAUUCGCGUCACGAACGUCAUUUUUCCCAUUGUUUUUAUCAUACUUGUUCUUCGCUUGCCUCUCAGUUGUAUGCGGAUUUACGGGAUGAUGUCAUCGAGUUUCGGGCACUUCGGCCUUAACCUCCAGCCCAUAUUUUUAUACCUGAGCCGGUUCGAGUGGGCUAUCAAGCUGUAUAUAUAUCUCGUCUUCUCGCCAAGCUUCCGUAGGAGGACGAGAUCGUUUCUCUGCAAUAUCCGGUCAAAGUUCAAGGGCAGGUGCCAGCGGAACUCGUCAGACGACGAUGACCUGGAGGGGACGCCUGCAGCGCCCCCCAUCAACCUGGCGCAGACGCUAGAGAGGGGAGACAACCAUCGGGCUUGCCUUAUGUCUUCUGAUGUGUGAAUCACAGUCUUGGUUAUUACAGUUACGCCCCUUGUUGUGAAUUUGGCUAUGGCUAAAAAAACUAAAAAUUCAUGAUUGUUUUGCUGAUAUAUACUUAAAAUAUUAGCGUAAGUGACAGAUCUUCGGAUUUUAAAAACCUUCGGAGAAAACAGAUUACAAAGAUAAUGUUGGAUUAAACAACAAUGGUGUAAAUUUUCAGAAAUGGAAAUUAAAAAAAUAAACCAAGAGCAG